GAGAGUCUCACGAUCAGAGCUCAGGUUAUCGGCGAGAUUAAAGAAUACACAUUGUAAUAACAUUACUUGUCAAUAAUUAUGGGAUGCGGCACGUAUGGAUUUCAUCUAACAUCUUAUAUGUCGAUGUGUCAAAUGUGAUAGGCACGUGUAUUAAAAUUUAAUUGACGAUGGGGGUGUUCAUAUUUUUUUAUAUGCUCUUGUUAUGCUCCACUCAACUUGGGGCUGACAAAAAGACUAACAAAUAUGUGACAACUUUAAUAAAUGCUAAGUGGAAUGAGACACCUCUUGUUCUCGAAGCAGCUGAAUAUCUUAGCGAUGAAAAUCCAAAUUACUUUUGGAAAUUUAUUGAUGCAUAUUCUAGAAAAAUUAGUAAUCUUGUAAUAGCUACAGAAAAGGAGAGUUAUGACUUAAUUCUGGAAUUGGCAAAAAAAUAUUUAUCUGAAUCAGAGAUAGCAGUUUUUAAGUUAGGAUUGUCUUUACGUAUUUAUUCCGCACGUGUUGAAAUGUUUUCUCAAAUGGCUGUGAAUAAAAAUGUUUCUUCCUAUGGAUGUAACAAUAUUGUUAACAUUGGUGGAACAUUUACUUGUUCUCUACAAGAUAUAGAUAGGUUAUUACUAGAACAGGAUACAUGGGAAACUAUAGAUACCUAUGAUGUAGACCACCGAUACUUGGAUACUUCAGAAUCUGAUAAGGUAAUCAUAUUAUAUGGUCAGAUUGGGACUUCUACAUUUAUUGAUUUCCAUGAAAAACUGAAAAAUAUAGCAGAUACAAAGAGGAUCAAUUAUAUUCUUCGUCAUUAUGUAAAGGAUAGAACAGAUAAGAAAUUGCGUUUAUCAGGUUAUGGUGUAGAAUUGCAAAUGAAGUCUACAGAAUACAAAGCGACAGAUGAUUCUGAUAUCAAAGACAAUACAGGAAAGAAUUCAGAAGAGGCAAAUGAUGGCAUGGAAGAAAUUGAAGGAAUCAACUUCAUGAUUUUAAAAACAUUAUAUCCAAAUCAACAAGCCAAAUUGGAUAAAAUACAAAUGCAUUUAUUGGAAAGUAGUCACGAGAUCGGAGCUUUCAAAGUAUGGCAAUUUCAAGAAUUGAGUCACCAGGCAGCUGAAAGGAUCAUGAAUUCUCCUUCUGUGGAAGCACUAAACAUCUUGACUGAUAUAUCGCAAAAUUUUCCUAUGCAGGCGAAAUCUCUAAUUAGAACUAAGGUGAAUAGUGAUAUGAAAAAGGAAAUGAAACUGAAUCAGGAAAUAUUUAUGGCAAGUCUAAAUAUACAACCAACUGACACGGCGCUUUUCAUCAAUGGCUUAUUUUUUGAUUUGGAAGCUAUUGAUAUACUAACUCUUUUAGAAUCUUUGAGAAGCGAAUUACGAGUAAUGGAAGCUCUUCAUAAAAUUGGCUUUAGUAACAAAAAAAUGAGUAAACUGUUGGCAUUGGAUUUAUCUGGAGGCACAGAUAAUCAAAAUUUUGCAAUGGAUAUAAGGGAUUCUGCGAUCAAUUGGAUUAAUGAUAUUGAAAAUGAUUCACGUUAUAGUAGAUGGUCACGGUCAUUGACAGAAUUAUUACGACCAACUUUCCCAGGCAUGCUCAGAAAUAUUAGAAGAAAUUUAUAUAAUUUAGUAUUAAUUAUUGAUCCCCUAAGCGAAGAUUCCAUGUCAUUAAUAGCUCUAGCGCAAUCUCUUUAUGCACAUUCUGCUCCACUGAGAGUCGGAUUUGUCUUCGUGACGAAUUAUAAUACAUCUGUAACAGGUUUAACAGAUGCUAGUGUUGCAGUUAACAAUGCAUAUCACUAUUUUGCAGAAAAUAAAAAUCCUAAAGAGGCUUUACAUUUCUUAUCAGAGUUAGGAAAUUACAUUGGACAUGGUGCUGACAUAGAUGAUAUAAAAAAAGUUAUCAAAUCCAAAGAUUCGUCCGCUAAUAUACCUUACAUCCUCGGGGAAGAGUCUGAAUAUGACGUGGGACGGCAUUUAGCCAGCGACUUCAUAAAACGAUGUGGUUUCAAGAAAUUCCCACAAGCUUUAUUGAAUGGUGUACCUCUGACGCCCAGUCAGAUGAAUUAUGAAUCAUACGAAGAAGCAGUACUAUCUACUAUUAUGUCACAAACACCUGCAUUGCAAAAAGCAGUAUAUCGUGGUGAAGUAACGGAAGGAGACGAUGUCGUUGAUUUUCUGAUGAAUCAACCAUACGUUAUGCCACGUUUGAACGAACGUAUUUUAAAAGUGGACAAGAAUGCAUGGCUAAAUUUAAUCGGUACGAUUCCUGAAGAUGAGAAUUAUAUAAAGUGGAGUUCUCAAGAUCUGUCAACUUAUUUAAUGAAGAAAAUGCAUUACUUCUUCGUACCACGACGCAGUAGCGUGCAUCAUUUAUAUUCCUUUUGGAUUGUAGCUGAUUUGAGAUCAUUGUCUGGUAGACAAUUACUACGAGAGGCGCUUGAAUAUGUAGAAUCAAAUACCGAUGCGCGAGUUAGUAUUAUCGUUAAUGCGGAAGGUAACGUGAAUUCAAAGUCUGAUAUUAACAAAAUUGUUCUUGCUGCAUUAAAUGCAUUGUCACCAGAAAGAGCUAUACUUUACACACGUAAAGUAAUCAGAGAAGAUAAUGCAGCUCUCAUUGCCGAUGGUAGUUUUGAGAUUGAAGACGAAUCUGUGAUGGCACUGUUGGAAAAUCAAAAUCAAAUAUUAAUGUUACAUCAACAUUAUAUUAAAAAUGUCUUAAACUUGGAAGCUGGUGCGAGAGCAGUUUUAUGCAACGGUCGUAUUAUCGGCCCUUUGGAUAGCGGCGAAGAAUUUACAAGUGAUGACUUCUCUUUAUUAGAAAGAUUUAGCCAAAGUACUUAUGGAGAUAAACUAUUUAUGAAAUUAAUUAAAGAUCGAAUCUUUAAUGAAGAUGAAUAUGAAGAGGAGAAUAACAUCACGGAUGAUAUGAUUAUGAAAAUCACUUCACUCUUAGUACCACGUCCUCAAACUCGAAAUCGAUACGAUGUUCCUUUCCAUGGGGAUGAUCACAGUGUCAUAAAAAUUCCAACAGCCGAUCCUAAUAAAGUAGCCUUCGACUUUAUCGCUAUCGUAGAUCCAGUUUCACGUGGUGCUCAAAAAUUGGGCCCAAUAUUGAAAACAGUACAACAAGCUUUAAAUUGUAAUAUAAAAGUAUUCUUGAAUUGCUUAGACAAGAACAGCGAUAUGCCAUUGAAAAGCUUUUAUCGAUUUGUGCUUGAACCUGAGCUACAAUUCACAAUCGAAGGAGAUAUCAGUGGCUCUAUCGCGAAGUUUACAAAACUUCCCACUUCUUCAUUAUUAACGCAAUACAUUCAUGCUCCUGAAAAUUGGCUAGUAGAAGUAGUCCGCAGUGUUUAUGAUUUAGAUAACAUUAAGCUGGAUAAUGUUGCAAUUGGUGUCCAUAGUGAAUUUGAAUUGGAGUAUUUGCUGCUCGAAGGCCAUUGUUUCGAAGCAGUAAUGGGAAAUCCACCGAGAGGCCUUCAAUUCACAUUAGGCACCGAGAAACAACCCGUAAUGGUUGACACCAUAGUAAUGGCGAAUUUAGGAUACUUCCAGCUCAAGGCAAAUCCUGGCGAAUGGGUACUACGACUUCGACAGGGAAGAUCCGCGGAAAUAUACGACUUCACCACUGUCGACGGACAAGAUGUUAUUCAAAACGGCAAUGAUGUGAAAGUUCUGAUAAGUUCUUUGAGAAGCCACGUGCUAAAAGUCAAGGUAUCUAAGAAGCCAGACAAGGCGGGAUUCGAUCUCUUAUCGGACAACGAGAAGGAUUCCGGAUUAUGGAACUCCAUUUCUAGCAUUGCCAAAUUUUGGACAUUUACAACAGACGAAAGCGAAGACCAAGAUGAGAAGUUAAAUAUUUUCUCUCUCGCUUCUGGCCACUUAUAUGAAAGAUUCCUGAAGAUCAUGAUGCUAAGUGUUAUUAAACACACCAAGACGCCGGUGAAGUUCUGGUUCUUAAAGAAUUACCUAUCACCAACUGUAAAAGAUUUUUUGCCACAUAUGGCUAAAGAAUAUGGUUUUGAAUAUGAACUUGUGCAAUACAAAUGGCCUCGUUGGCUUCAUCAACAAACCGAGAAACAAAGAACUAUUUGGGGAUACAAGAUCUUAUUCCUCGACGUGUUAUUCCCGUUGAACGUUAAAAAAAUAAUAUUUGUCGAUGCUGAUCAGGUGGUAAGAGCAGAUUUGAAGGAAUUAGCAAAUUUGGAUCUCGGCGGUGCGCCAUAUGCAUAUACGCCGUUUUGUGAUAGUAGAACUGAAAUGGAUGGAUUUCGAUUUUGGAAACAAGGAUAUUGGAGAAAUCAUUUGCAAGGACGAGCUUAUCACAUCAGCGCGUUAUACGUAGUAGAUCUCAAGCGGUUCCGUCGCAUCGCAGCCGGAGAUAGAUUACGAGGACAGUAUCAAGCAUUGAGUCAAGAUCCAAACAGCUUAUCAAAUCUUGAUCAAGAUCUCCCAAAUAAUAUGAUACAUCAAGUGGCCAUCAAGACAUUACCACAGGAGUGGCUAUGGUGUGAAACGUGGUGUGAUGAUGCAUCCAAGCAAUAUGCUAAAACUAUAGAUUUAUGUAAUAAUCCAAUGACUAAAGAAGCCAAAUUACAAGCAGCCAUGCGUAUUUUGCCCGAAUGGGUAGGUUAUGAUGAAGAAAUUAAAGCUCUACAGCAGAAAAUAGAAAAUGCAAAUAGACAAACGGAAAAAGAUAGUGAAAUUGUCGAUGAUGUCUUGAAACAUGAAGAAUUGUAAAUUAAAUUUAUAUAAAAUUUAUGAAAAAAUUUUAUAAAAUUCUAUAGGGGAAAUUCUAAAACAAGAAAUUUCUGUUCGCAGUAGAUUAAUAAGUAUUAAUAACAAUUUCCAUAUUUCACUUUUGUAAUUGAUAUUUGGCACUUUAUAUGUAAAUACUUGCCAGUACUCGUAAACUUUCAGAAAUAUUGAUAUAAUUAAAAGCCGAAGGUUUUUGUUAUUUUUGUUCUUAUUAGAUCCAUAUUUUGUAUAAUAUAAAUUAUGGUUUUUAAAAAAAUUUUGUGUUAUAAUAAAUAAAACUUUUUCAAGAAAAAUUUAUUCACUUCAGAAGCGAAAAAUCGAAAAAUCCAAUAAUUGAUAAUUGUUGAGGAUACAUACAAUAUUCCUUCGGUUAUUUAUGAACAUGUUCAGUUCAUGUUAUACCAAUGUGAUUUAUAAUUGUCUACUAUGUUAGUUAUAAGAAAUAAACUUGUAACAUUUGUAAAA